CAUCAUCAGUUAGCUUAUUCGGCAGCUGCAGCUGCUGAGCUACCGAGCGCAGCUCUACAACAUGCGACACUCGUUCAUCCGGCACUGCAUCCGCAAGUGCCAGUUCGUUCCUACCUUUGACUAAAUCCAGAGAAAAUGAUUGAUCAACCUAUGCAAAACCAAAUCACAUUACAACAUCCAUCAGCAAUGCAUCCACAAUCGAUGCAAGUAUCGGCUGGGCUACCACCCGGCCAUUUUUUACCAAGUCCGGCCUUGGCUAGCCCAGUAGGCUCAACUGGAGCGCAGCAACCGAAUCCACCGUUAGCUGCGAACGCACCAUGCUCGACCUUAUUCGUUGCUAAUUUGGGGCAAUUUGUAUCUGAACACGAACUCAAAGAGAUCUUUGCCAGUUUGCCUGGCUUUAGUCGUCUACGAAUGCACACAAAAGGUACACAACAUGGUAGCGUUCCAGUAGCAUUUGUUGAAUUCAAAGAUGCUGCAUGCGCUGGUUCGGCAAUAUCUGCACUUCAAGGUACAUUUCUGCUAUCAUCCGAUCGCGGUGCAAUUCGUAUUGAGUAUGCUAAAUCGAAAAUGGUUGCCGACGCAGCGGCCGCCAUUGCACAAUUGGACGGAAAGGAGCGGGUAUGGAACCAAGGCCGGAUUUAUUAAAAAAACCAACAGCUGAUCAUCGUGAUUUGAGCACAUAUUUGAUGGCAACAACUUGACCCAAUUACGGAACUUACUAUACAAUCGCAUCGCCGCCUCAAACUCAACCUCAUGUUCGGGCUUGAGACAACGGCGCAACGCUUUAUUUAUGAAAUAGAACCGGUUAACCUUUUUUUGAACAACAACAACAACAAAAAUUAGUACAAUUUUCAUUUUCACGUAUAUAAAAAAAAAAUGUUUAAAAACCACAAAAAAAAGAAGUAAAAAAAAAUCUAAAAUAAAACAUGAGGAACAAGGGUUAUAAAACGAAAACAAAUUCAAGCAGCAACGAUAUCAUUUGCGUUCACGAAUUGGGUCCUACAAACGAACGAACAUACCGUGAUCGUCAUCACAUUUGACACAUAGUGGAAAGUUGAUUAAUCAUAUCUAGAUUUAGCAAUGUAAAUGCAUAGCUAAAACGAAAAGAAUAAAAUGAAGAAAAGAAAUGAACAAAAAACAAUUUAAAAGCUAAAAAUUCAAUGCUACACGAUAGACAAGAAAAAAACAUUUAAAUAUUGUAAUGUGCACAUCACUGGACUUGUCAUCGAUUUCUUGGGUCCACCCUCAUCUGGUGUUUGCUCGUAUAAUUGAUGCAGGUUCACUGAUGAACACACAUUGAAUUGACAAAAGACAGAAAAUUCUCUAACUUAAAGCAAACAGUUUAAAUGGGCAAAAAAUUGUGUAACUGUGUAAUUUCCUGUAACUUGAUGUAGUGAGUAACGUUUUAAAACCGAACAUUUGAUGAAGAAAUUACAAUUUUAAACUCUAUCGCAAGAAGAAAAAAAAACAAUUUUUCGAAAUGAAAUUGUGAGAGAAAACAAAAAAACAUUGUAGGAAAAUAGACGAAAUGAAUUUUGGAAUUUUUUCCAUUCUCUGGCACAGAUACGUAUAGGAAAAAGAAGACAAAAACAUAAAUAGAAGAAAUCUAUAUGCGCAGACACGAACUCAACGAAUUGAUUUGUGACCAAAAUCCAUGUUCACUUUUCGAUUGAAACACGAAAAAGUAACCUCAAUUUCAUACGGUAUUCCCCGGAAAUGACAACAAAAACCUUGCUAAAUAAACUAAUAGUCUCAAGAGAUAUUUUUUCCCUCUAGCAAGUAGAAUUCAAUGAAGAUGGAAACAAUUUUGGGAGUUCGUUUGGCAAUUUGAUUUUUUUUCUCUCGUAAUAUCUCUGGAAUGUAGAGUAGCAUUAAAAAUCAGUUAAGGUUUUCGAAAUGGUUAGUGAAUUUAUUCAUGGAAAGGAAAAAAAACAACUUCUGCCACCCAAAAGAAAAAUUCAUUGGAACGAUAUAUAUAAAUGCGGAAUUUCGAUGAAUGAAGGAAGAGAAAGCAAAUGUGCACCGUGUUAGAUUCGCAUUCGGAUAUAUAUCGCAUUUCAGUUCCCUUGGCCCAGUUUUACAAUCCAUCAAUUGUCCCACAAUUUGAUUUCGUGUGCAUGAAAAUUCAAAGCAAAAUGAUCGUUCUACGUAUAAGUUUAUCCUCGUCCCCUCCAGUCGCGGAAUGUAAACCAAUUUCGUUGGAACCAAUACAGAGAGAGAGAGACCUUAACCCUUUUUCCUUGACGCUUUUAAUUCCUGCGGUUGAUUUUAUCAUACGAAUUACGUGUGUGUGUGUGUGUAUGUUUGACGCCGUCAUCGUGUUUGGUAUUGAGCAUUUUGUUAAACCACCCACAUUGAUUCACUAACACACACAAAACACACACACACACACAUAGACAUUGUCCAUGUCUCUGGAUAUGUUUCUCUUGUUGUAUUUUGUUUAAUCUGAAAUUCAAUUUUUAUGUUCUAGUAGAAUAUUUAUAGCUUAACCAAAUGUGCCCUAAAAAUUAUAGCUCUCUUUGAAAAAAGUAAAAAAAAAACAAGUAACAAUGACAUAACAAGACAAAAUAAAAUCGUAUGAAGAUAAAACGUAAAAAAUUUGAUGAAAUUUAAUAAAAUUAAACAUACAAAUUAAUGUUAAUGAUUAAAUAUGAUCAAGAAUGGAAGAAAUGAAAGAAAAAAAAAGACAAAAUGUUAAUUGAAUUUGAAACAAGAACCUUAAUAUUGUGUAUUGUAAGUGAAUAGUAAUAGGCAGUUAACCGGCAUGGUUCAUGAAUGUGUAUGGGAAGACGUAAGAAGGAUGUAAUCUUCGAAUUUUCUCGUAAUCGAAGCUUUUGAAGCAAAAUGUUCGUCUUAUUGCAAUAAAACGUAUUUAGGAGAUGUAGAAGAUGAGAAAAAUAAAUACCAUGGCAAAAUUACAAGCAAAUCUAGGGUUUCAUGUUUUAUCACAACAUAACAACAGCAACAAGAAGAAAAAUAAGGAGAAGAAAAUUACAAUCGACAAAAUAAAGACGCAACAUAACUGAUCAAUUUACUGGCGAUAGCGGAUUUUAUUACAAAUGUAGACAAAGAAAUUCGUUGAAAGAAUUUAUUUAACGAUAGAUAUUUCAUAACACUGUUUGUUUUCUGCACCGCAACCAAUAGAGCUAGAGCUAUUCGAUUCGGGUAUUUCGUUUUUUAUUCUGUUCGUUUAGAAAAAUCUUACUGAAACAUACACACAAGAAAUGGGGAAAAGGAGAAAAGGAAACGAAGAGAGAUGAUUGUGAUGAAUAAGCUAGAUGAAGGUUUACAUACUUCAUUGAGGAUUCUGAUUUUUUUUGCCUUUAAUUUUUGUUCCUUCGUUGAAGAGAAAAACAAGAAAUGAAAAAGAAAAAAUAAUUCAAUACUUUAGCAUAUCUUAGGUAUGAAAGCGACUAUGGUCGAAAAUAAUCGAAAAAAAGGAGAAGACGAAGAAGUGGAUAGUUUUAGGGAAAUGAAAUUCAUGUUCUCAAUCAAAUUUUGAUUAGUGUCGAUUGUUCAAUUGGCCAUUUAGACCACCGCCGCCCCACUCUCUUCUGCACUUGUUUAGCCAAAUCUCUUAAUUUUUAAUCAUAUGAUUGUGAUCAACUAUAUUAUUUCGUUUUGUUGAUCACUUUUUUACGGGCAUCUAAUUCAAACCAAUUUUUUCAAUUCUUAACAAUCCGCUCCUCCAACCCUGUACACAUGAUAUUUUACAAUACAUUCCAUUAAUUUUUGACAAAUGGCUCUCAGGUUAACUUUGGAGCAAUGACAUCAUUUACCUUUGAAAGUAUUCAAUUUUUUUGUUUUGCUGCGGAAUUCGAAAUGCAAUUGACUAAAGUGUGAACUGCAUCUCGUGUAUUCAUAUACAACACAGUUCACGUCAGUUGCAUGGCAAGAAUCUCUUAAUUUUUAAUGAUAGAUUUUGUGGAAUUCAUUUAAUUUAAUGUUACUAAAACAGACAGAACAAUUGCAACACUUUAAUUUAAGAUCGCAAGAGGCAAAUAAUAAUUAUGUAUAAUUUAACUAAAGUGUUAAUUGUAAUAUUGAUUCUACUAACCAGUGAAUGAGCCGAUAUGUGGAUCUUCUUCUGCAUUCGACCAUUCAACGCAUGAUAAACAAUUCAAUGACCAAAGGUUUUUUUUUCAUCUUUUUUUUUUAUAAACUAACAUUAAUCGUAAUUUUGCACCGGAUUCUCGCUGUUUGGUGACCGAUUCAUCAAAAUAAUUUCUUUUUCUGUCGGUUUCAACAACGAUCAAAUCGUAAUCGAUACUGACAGAACAAAAAAAGCUUUAUUUCCUUCUGUUUGUUAUUUGAAAUCCACAAAAUAAUUUCUCUUUUCCAUGAAGAUCCCCAAAAUUCCUCACACACACACAAUCCAUGCAGUCGCUCUUAAAAGCAGUAAAUUGUCUUAAUAGAUCUUUUUCUUUGUGAAUAGAAUUUUGAAUUAGGAAAAUGAUUACAGCUGUCUCUAUUGUCUAGAGAAUGUGUUUUUUCUUUAGUUAUGUUUAGGUGUUGAGUCGAAUAUUGCAAAUGUUUUGCUCGGCACGAAUUAAUCUACCUUUAAGUGAAUUUAAAAUAGCUGAAUUAAACCUGUUUAUACGUUACAAUUUCUCAUAAAAUAACUUACAAAUAUUUCUCUUCAGUUCUUUAAGCGACUUUUAACACAAACACACACACACACACACACAGAUAGAAAAAAACUCUCUUCAAUUCUGCAAACAGUUUCAACUCUAUAUUUUUCUUAUUUAUUUAUUAACUGAAAUAGGCAGAGAUAGUUGUCGAUGUGUUUAAUGUUUUUGAAAAUGAAUCGAGAGUUUCGAUUCGUUGUUUGUUUGAAACAUCAAAUGUUGACAACGCAUUGAAUUAUUACCAAAGUAUCCGUACACCAAAUUCAACCAAAAAAUAAACUCGCACUACCGUGACAAGAAAAAAAAUGAAAAAAUACAAUGCGCAGUGAACAAAAAAAGAACACAUAACAAACAUACACAUACACAAAAAGCAAAGUAUAAGAAGCAGACGAACCAAUUAUGUAUACAUUUUCAUCAUAUUAAUUAAAGCUAAUUAUCAUAUUUAUUGACAAAAAAAAGCAACAAACACUUCAGAAUAAAAAGUUAUAUUAGUGUAAUGGAAAGCAUAAUGAUGAAGGAAUGGGCAUAUUGCUGAACAUCGAUUUUAAGUACAGGUCGAAUGUGUUAUUUUUUAUGGCUGUCCAGUGUCCCUCGUGGCCGAUGCUACGAUGACGUAAAAAUGUGCUUUUCAUUUUUUGUUGCUUUUAAUUUUUCAUCCAAAAGAGGACAAAAGAAAACACAAUCUCAAAAUGCACGAAAAUCAAUCACUUUCGAAAACAAAAAUCACUUCAAUUAUUGUCCCAGUUAUUGCGAUGUUUUUAGAUAACUUGCCCGAUAUAGAGAAUUCAAUAUGGUAUUUUCUAGCGAAAUUUUUUUCUUUGUCAAAAUUUUAAAAAAGACCAAAAAACGAAAAGCGCGUCAACAAAGCACGUUAGCAGAAUAUUUGAAAAACUGAUGAAAUAAAUAAAAAAAAAUUUAACGUAAAAAAAGAACACACAACACAAUGUAUGCGAAGCAAAAGCGCUCUGAUUGCCUUUUCUUUGCAGAAGAAUUCCGUCCAAUCUAAAAAAAAGCAUAUUAAAUAUAAAAUUAAAUUAAAUGGGAAUAAUGUAAUAAUUAAUUUAAAAUAAAUCUCGUGGAAUGCAAGUUGACAGCCGAAUGAAAACUGCCGCAUGCAGUAGAUCGUCGAUCGUGUGCAUGUGUAAAAUAUAAGGAAAAGAAGAUAAGAAAAAAGAGAGAAGAAAAGAAGAAGAUAGUGCAUAGAAUAUUAAGACGCUAUGACCAGUAAGAAUACACAGAAUAAUGCCCUCAAAAUUCAAUAAGAAAAAAAAACCAAAAUCACAUCAAUUCAUCAAACUGCGCAAUCGAUCCAUUCACACGGAACACACACCAUUAACAUAUAUGCCAACUGUUGACUAACUUAUCAAUGAAAAUACUUGGCUAAAGAAUUUAAAAAAAAACAACGUUUAAACGACACAUCAAUAUAUUUCAAUGACGAAUAGAGUGACAAAAAAAUGGAGAUAAAACUAACUUUUUAAACACUAAUAAGAUUAUAGACAUUCGAAUGGAAUCGAUUUUUUUUCUCUCUCUAUGCGUAUUGCGAUGACUUGAAAUGAGAACGAGAACGAGAAUACAUCGUCAAUACGAUACGAUUUGUAGUAAGAUUUAAUUAAAUUUAUGAAAAACAACAAUAUUUAAACAACAAAAAAAACAAGCAUUAGAACUUAGAUGCAUAAAGCAACAACAACAACAACAACAAAACGAUGAAAAAUAUAUUUAAAAAACAUCAUUACUUGUGGGAACUUAUAACAAACAUAUCAGCUUUUUUGGUUCAUUUUUUUCUAUUAAAAAUUCUAAAGAAUAAUUUAAACAAAAAAAAAAUACAAACUAUAUACAUACAAGUUUAACAAUCUAACCUUAAAAAAAACAAAGUAAUGAUAAAUGCAUAGAGUGGAUAGGAUCGACUAUAGAAAAAAAACCAUCAAUAAAGCAACAACAAUCAGUAACCAAAACUCCCGCUGAAUGAAUUGAAGCAGGAAUUUCUGAAUUGGCAAAAAGCAAAUGAAACUAAAAAAUGUGUCGUCUUAAUCAAUCUCAUCAUUUCGAUUCAGCAACAACAAUUUCAUUUUGUUGCUUUAGCAACAGAUUUAGAAUUUUAAUUCUUCUUAUUGCUGGAUCGAGAGUUCAACGAGUAAUGAGAGAGACAGAGCAAUUAUUAGCAAAGAAUUAAAAGAAAUGAAAAUCAUAAUGCUACAUGUAUUAACCAAUAUUCUGUAUGUAGGUAAUUAUUCGUAA